GCGGCAAGGAUCGAGAUACGCGCAGACCGACUAUUCCAUCUACUGGGAAAUGAAAAAGAGAAGCCAUCCCAGACUCCGUCUUUACCAAUUCUCAUUCUCUUGAUCAAAGAUGGCUAGGGCACCGAUGACCACCGCCGGAGCAUUAACGUCCUCCUCCCCUUCACUCACCACCACCGUCAUCUUGGCCAACGGAUCCUCUUCCUCUCAGCCCCCUGAAACCCUAGUUCUCCGUCUCAAUCGGAAGAAGAAGAAGGUCUCAUGGAAGGAAGGGACCGUCGACAACGAGUUCAUGCAGAAAAAGAGCUCGAAGAAGUGCUGUAUAUUCCACAAGCAGAAACCCUUUGACGAGGACGGCAGCGAUCAGGAGGAUGAUGAUAAUCACCAUCAUGGGAAUGGAAACCCUUGUUGCUCUAGGGGAAACGGCGGGGAUGGUUCCAGUAGAGUCAGUUCAUAGUCCGGAUUCAGAUGUAAAGCUGAUGUUUGGAAAGAUUGAAUUGAAGCUCAAUUGGAGGGUACGUGAUAAUAUUUCCCUUUACACAUGCAUUUGUAGACAGUUGGACAAGACUCUGCAACAGAGCAUUUGAAGCUCACCAUCACCCUUUUGCACGGAAAACAUGGUCCACAU